AUGUUAACUACUGAGCUGCCACAGACCAAGCAACAACGACAACAUCAACAACAACAACAACAGCAGCAGCAACAACAACAACACAUCAAAGAAGAAUUCAACAGUAGCCAGUGUUCCAACAAAGAAACAACUUUUUGGAAGAAGAAUUUGCCACAACAACACCUCCAACAACAACAACAACUCUCGAAUAACGACAGUGUAAGAUCCAACAAUCCGAAUUAUUUUCCAACUUCGACAGCACCAACCACAUCUGCAAAUAGCUCAAACCUAAGCAGCGUAAAGCAUAACACCAUCGAACACAUUCCAUCCUUCCCUUACAUUCCGAAUUAUCCAUUCCCGUCUUUUGUACCCAGAACUUUUGAGGAAAGAUAUAAACAGUUGUAUGGUUACAACUCUUAUAAUAGCAACAGCAACAACAGCAGCAGCAACAACAACAACAGCAACAGCAGCAACAACAGCAGGUUAAAUAACGACAAAUUGACAUCAACACCUUCAAAAAAUUUCCUGCAAAAAAAUUCAGUUGAUCUUCUUACAGAAGGCGAUAUAAACGCAAACCACCACCAUAAGCAGUCACAGCAGCAGCAGCAGUUGCAGCACCAACAACAAGCGAAGUUGAAUUAUUUAAACUCAACAAUGUCCUCUAUCGCCAUAAAAACAGAAGUCCCAUCAUCCGAUGAUCCUUACCAUGAAUAUUCUCCUGGCUCUUUCAGGAACCAACCCAGCAAAAACAGUUUCUACAUUUCCGAAAACGACGAUAACAACAGCAGUAGCCACAUUAGCCACAACAGCCACAACAACGGCGGCGAUCGUGGCGCUAGCAGCGCACGAACUAACUUUCUUUCGCCAUCUUCCUUUGUCAAAUCAGAACUCCUCUCGCCAAACGAUCACUUGAAAAAUAGCUACACCAGACAGACUAAUCUGGAAAAAAAUUUGUUUGCCUCUCAACCACCACUCCUUCUACCACCGCCAUUAAUAUUGCCACCCACAUCUUCAUCCUCCACCUCCUCUUCAGGAUCUACCUCAUUUGAUUGCUUGCAAAAAAUGGUGCAGAGGUUUGGCUCGGAGCAGCAGACGCUGCAGCAGUCUAGAGACCAACAGCCACACGACCACCCAGCCUACAACUACUACCACCUACAAUCCCAGCAACAACUUUACCACCAAAAGCACUUUCAACAACAGUGCUUCAACCAAAUGCGAGGUCUCCAGACACUGGGGGGAUGGAAUGGAAUACGGAGCCCACCAGCUGGCACCAACCCUUCCUCCAUCCCAUCGCUAAUUAGUAAAAUGGGUAGUCCCACGGUUAAAACGAACGCAAACAAGCAGGAUUGUAUGAGCGGUCCGAACGUUGAGAUGUUGGAUGACUCUGCGGUCGACAGCAAGGUGGCCAAACUUGACAACGAACGUUUCAAUAGUUCGUCGAAUGAUGAAACCAUGUAUGAGCAUGAGAGUGAGAAGUUGUUUCCCUGUAGGAACUGCGCAUUCAUUGGUUAG